GAGAGACGGCGGGGAGAGAGCAGGGAUAGGGACUCUCUGGAUCUGGUUUGAGAUAAACAUCUGUUUUUCUUUGGUAAAUAAAAAAAGAAAAGAAAAAGAAGAGAAAAGAAAGAAGGAAAAAGACUUAGAAGCACUUAAAAAAUAGAUACUCUUAAGGCAUCUUAGUGGGACUGGAUCUAAGCGGGAUAGGUGGAUGUAUCAGAGAGAAGAAGAAAGAAGAGGAGGGGGUUUAUGAUCCGAGGCUCUUUGCAAAUAACUCCAGCAACGAAUGGAAACGAAGGAGAAGGAUGCUGAUUUAGGAGGAUGAAUCAUUUGCUUUCAUCUGAUUGAUUUUAUUUGUUGUGGGUGUCUCUGUCACACCUGAGCUCAUAAAGCCCACCUCGUUUCAGAUAAAAAAAAAACCAACUAAUUGAUAAAUCCAUUCAUCGCAGGAGGAGUUCCUUAUUUAAAGUUAAGUCUAGCGUCAAGGAAUAGUUAUAAAGUCUGAUUUCUAUUAAGAAACGUGGAAGCGCUCUGUCUCAUAACAAGCUCCCAGGCUGCUAAUCACAUUUUCUGGCAACCCGAGAGUGGAUCAUGGCCAUCAACACCGACACCGACUUCCUGAAGUCCACCCUGGGCAGUGAGGGAGGAGGAGGCGCCCCGCCCGCGGACUUACAGGAGACGGAGAAACUCCUGACGGUGACCACCGAGCCCGGGGGCACCGGGAUGAAAAUGUCCACCUCCUUCACAGCCAACGUGGCCGGGGACAAGGCUCUGGAGGCCGACCAGAACGGCCACAGCGUCGCCAUGAGGUCGGGCUCCAUCGGGCAGCUGUCCGCCGCCGCCCCCCUCUCCCCGUCCAGGGCCAGCCUGAGCCGCUCCUCCACCGGGAACGCCACCGUGCCGGAGACCCCCAAACCCAAGGAUUACCUCAUCCUGGUCAUCCUGUCCUGCUUCUGCCCCGUUUGGCCCGUCAGCAUUGUCGCAUUGGUGUACUCUGUUAUGUCCAGAAACAGUCUUCAGAACGGGGACGUGGACGGGGCCAGGAGGCUGGGUCGACUGGCUCGCCUGCUGAGCAUCGUCUCCAUUUUCCUGGGGCUGCUCAUCAUCGUUGUCUACACCACAGUUCACUUUUCAGCUCUAAGCCAAUAACCGUGAGGAGCGAGGAGAAAAUAAAAAAAUGCAACGUUGAAGCCAAACCACAGAUAUGGAGUAUGAUUCCCUACUCUAUGCCAUGAAGUUACAGCAUUAAAAUUAACUUCAGUUAGCAAAAAAUGUAGACCAGUCAUGAAUGACUGUCGUGCAACAAGUAAACCGAUCAAAGUAUAUAUAUAUAUAUAUCACUGAAAGAUGCAUGCAUUAGAUCCCAGUAUCAUUUGCCUGACAGAAUAUCCUGCUUUUGAAUUGUUCGAGUUUGAAAAAGAGAGGAAGGAGUGAAUGCAGAUUUGUGUGAUGAGGAUGAUUUCUCCUGUUUGAACAAUGGAUUUCUGGACAUGAAGAGGAUGAUUUGUAAAUGUAAAGUGGAUGAAUGAUGGACUUUUCUCUGUCUGCGUGGAGGAUCCUUUAAAAUACAGUCUUUGAACUUCAGACGGCUCAUUUAAUCUUCAUAUACCCUAAAUGAACGUAUUGCACUCGAAGUAUACACAGGAAGAAAAAAAAAAAUAUAUUUCAGAUAAAGGAAUCUAUGAACGAACAGAUAGUUUUGAUUUUAUAAAACGUUUGUAUCCCAAGUGUUGCUGGGUUUGUUGACCCCGUCUGGAUGGCUGCUUCGUCAGCAAUUGGGGAAAAAAAGGAAAGAAAAGAAAAAGAUGUAAAUUCAAGGGUUUGUGGAAGAAAAACUCUUUCUUUUGUCUUGAGUCAUUUUGUUUUCCAACUUAAGAAAAACGAGACCAACUGCAUGCCUGAAUGUAUACAUCCCAAUACUCUGCCUUCUUUUAGACUGUUAUUGUUUCCCAUCCUUAAGGGACAGACAGGUUUGCACAUUAAACCCUUUUCUUUGUGUGUGUAUUUUGUCCUUAUGGACAGUUAAAAGCACGUCUUGCACCAUAUAUGAAUCAAGCCUUUAUUACAAACACCGUUUCAUCUGACCUUCCAUCUUUGCAGAGUCUUUUUUACAUUUACAAACUUUUAACACAUUUCACAUUGCUAUACUUUGACUGUUAAAAUCCAUUCUUUUACUGGAUGUUUUACCCUUCUUGUAUGGCUAUGUAAUGUAUUUAUAUGGAAAACUAUAUAUGCAAUACCUUCGCAUGUAAAAGGCCAAGCAGCCUGACACGCACUUAUUUUUGUAAAAGAGCAAGUCUACGAGUUUGCCUAAGAAUAAAUAGCAUUUAAAAAAAGACUUACUUAAAAUCAUGGCACGACACGUUGUCUGGAUUCAUCACUUUAAGAGAAAACUCAUUGCUGUGUUUAGAGUCAUGUAGAUGUUGCAUUGACAUAUGAAAAGGCUUAAUGCUCCAAAGCUCAGAUAAAAAUCAACGAAUCACGAUGCAUUAUUCAAUAGAGUUGUUUUUCUGUAGCUAUUAAAGUGUCUUUUUUUUUUUUUUUUUUUUUUACACCAUUAAAACUAAAAUGCAUUUAACUGGAUGCCAUUUGCUGAAUUCUAAUGGUCAUUUAAGGGCUUUUUACAAUUGAAACAAUACAGAUAUUACAAUCCAAAGUCCUCGAGUGAACGUCAGCAAUGUAAGUCGCAGGCUGAGUCGUAGCUGUGCA